AUGGGUCAUAAAUAUCACUUUGACGUUUCAAUGUCAUGCUCAGGCUGCUCGAAUGCAGUCAAUAGAGUGCUAACAAAACUUGACGGCGUGGAUAAUAUAGACAUUUCUUUAGAGAAGCAGACGGUUGAUGUUACUACUUCUGAUUCUUUAGAUUAUGAUACCGUCUACCAGACGAUUUCCAAGACUGGGAAAAAGGUAAAUGACGGAAAGGUGGUGUUUUAA